GCGCGCAAAAUGGGUUUUACUUGGAAUUGUUUGAUAUUAAAUUUAUUGCUUUUCAACUUUUCAUGUACAUAUGUUAUAAUAGGUGAUUACGAUGAGACAGCUCCUGACAUCAUCUGGCCCAGUGAAUACUAUUUUAGAGGACAAACAAUUGAUACUCAUACGGGCAUUGUUCAUCCCUAUAGGAUGUGGUAUAGUGCGGAAUACAAUCGCUCUCGGUAUGAACUUUAUGGUGGGGAAAUAGACAAGUAUUACGUCGCUGAUUCCGAGGAAGAAACGGGAGGCGUUUAUCGUAUACUAACAGUGACAACGGAAGACUUAGAAAACGUGGUAAGAUGCAUGUUCGAGCGAUCGUACGAGGAACAGAUGGACUUCUUGCCUGACACGGACUCCAUGAACAAUACAGACUCCUACGACUUCAACGGGAGAGUUGUCAACGAGUGGAAGAGGGAGAUAGAAGAGGAGGGGGAGUAUCGUCUGGAGGACACUCUUCUUGUGUACCGCACAGAGUACGGGGUCGAUGUGCCUAUCUCAUUUGAACAAAAGAAGUACGAUUUAGAAGCAGGAAGAUUGCUGGAUCACACUAUCACUGAAUAUUAUGACUUUAAGCCGUCAGUUUGUUAUGAUGAUUUGCAGAUCAGCGAAGAAUAUAACUGCGAAGUAGUAGACUUUGGUAAAACUGUAAAUAUGGACUUUCUGCAUCCAUCUUCGAUGUCAGACUUGGAUGUUGCUUUUGAUGCGUACAAAAUAAAACAUAAUAAAGUGUACAAAAAUGGGGAGAGUGAGUUAAGGAAGAUUAUAUUUCACAAAAACUGGAGAUUAGUUCAAGAUCACAAUCGCCAAAACCUGAGGUAUAAACUAGCAAUAAACAAGUUUGCAGAUCGUACUGACGAUGAGUUGAGAUUCUUGACUGGAACUAGACCUUCGGACCCUCACAGCAAGGGCACUCACACUUUCCAUAGUCUGGAGGAAGUGGAUCGGUUCGCAGAUGAGUUGCCAGAUGAGUUCGAUCUCAGGCUGAAAGGCGCUUUGAGACCUAUAAAAGCGCAAGGUGAAUGCGGUUCAUGUUGGGCGUUCACGUCGACAGCCACUGUUGAAGGAGCCAUGUCCUACGGCUUGGGAGGCAGGAGUGUGGAUCUCAGCGAGCAAUCUGUUGUCGACUGCUCUUGGGGGUAUAACAAUUAUGGAUGCAUGGGUGGUACGCUAAAUGACGUGUUCAAAUAUAUCCUGGACCAUGGAAUACCAGCAGACAUUGAGUACGGAGAGUAUAAAGAAUCUGAGGGAACCUGCCACGUCCAAAACCUGACGUCAGUCUUCAAGAUCCGAGGGUUCGGGAAGGUGAACCGCAACAGCGUGGACUCUGUCAAGCUGGCUCUGAUCAAGUACGGCCCCGUAGCUGUCAGCGUCAUGGCUACAUCCAACAUGAAGCUGUAUUCCAGCGGCGUCUUCUAUGACGAAGAGUGUGAAACCGGCAUGGCUAACCACGGCAUGGUCAUAGUGGGUUAUGGGGUCAGAAACGAAGACUCGUACUGGAUCGUGAGGAACUCCUGGGGCGAGGAGUGGGGAGAGGACGGUUACAUCCUAAUGUAUGCCAAAGAUAAUAAUUGUUUCAUUCUCGACGAACCUUAUUAUGUUAUUGUUUAAAAUUAAACGACAAUUAUUGUUGAAAUAAUUAAGUUGUUAAGCUAAGUAAUAAAUAAAACAGUCCUGUCCUUUUUAUUCCCACGCUAAUUCUAAAAGGUAGCCUGAAAGAUAUUGCAUAAAAGCAAAGGCCGCCUUUUUCGUAACUGCUAUUUAAAUUAAUCAGAAAAUUCGCAAUGUAUAAAAGGAACUUUUACCAGAAGAAUUAUGUCGAAACCUCCUUAAAAUCUGUAGUAAGGUUUGAAAGGUUUUUGUUCAGAAACAGACUAAAUAUCACAUACUAUGCAUUGAUUGAUACAAUUGAUGUUACAACAUUACUAUUAGGAUGUGAUAAUUAAGAUCAUCUUGUUAAAAAUCAUGCUUUUAUAAUUACUUCACCAUAAACAUAAUGGGUACUGUUUGGUCUACUAUAUUGUUUAGUCUUUUUAUAAUCUGUAUUUUUGACUGUUUGUGCCACAAUAAAUGAAAAAAAAUAAUGUCUUAAAUCUGAUUAUUUAGAUGUCAAAGUUCAGAUGAUGGUUAUUGAUAUAGAUUAUGAAGACAUUGAUGAUAUGGAUUUGUAUAAUUAGGCCUUAGAUUUAUAAAGGUAUACCUAAGUUAUAUAAAUGUUAAUAAA